AUUCGGGUCAGAAAGAUCAAAGGCACCGACACGAGUUGUCUCUACUGAUUGAUUUCUAUACUGUGGCGUAACUAAUAGGGUGCAAAACUGCAAACCAUAGGGCGAACACUAAAUAUUUUUUUCUGACACAAGGAAGCAUUUCCACAACUUUUGAAGGUAAGGAACGUGAUCAGGGGGUGAUGUAGAAGAGUUUUUGCGCAAACAGUUUGUGCGAAAUCGUGAGGUGUCCUUUGUAAAAUUUCACCCCCUUUGUAAAAUUUCACCACGAAUUUUAUUAAUUUGCCACGAAUAGAUCGAGUUCAGUAAAUAAAACUAAAAUGACACAGUCUACAAGUAGUGCCACAACGGAAGACUAUAUAGAUGACAAUUGGUCGGUGUCCAUCGCCCCGUUGAUAGCUUCAGUCAACCGAACAGAGGAAAACACCAAGGAAGGUUUCUUGAUAGGUGAAUUGAAAGGACUACAAGAGGUACCGAUUAGUGAUGAGGUUGAAAGACCAUACACCCGUUGCAAAACUCUAGAAAUUAAAACGUUCUUGAAGUCGUUGAACCAUCAACCUUUCUACGACAGAUAUGGGAGAGUCAUUCCUGAAUUAGUGAAGAAUUUGCUGGGAAAUUUGCUUCCAGUCACAGUUGGCUGGUAUCGAUGCAGAUCAUUCCGUGGCAUCAGGAUAACUCAACAGGAGAAUAUGAUUCACAGAGACCUUAUGAGUUUGGUGCCUCUGCCAAAAUAUUUUGUUUUUUGUAUAGUCAAUAAACCGACCGAAAAUGACAGCUCAUUUAAUUUUGGUGGGAUGUUCUUCCAGUACAAUGACUCUGUGUUCAAGACAGUGCCUUCCAAGAUGGCAGGCGCAGGGCCGUUAGAUUUGACAAAAAGUUGUUCAGGAGGUUCUGUCGGUGGAAUCAGGUGUGGGUAAACUGAACAGUAAACCCCCUGUGCUGUUGAGGUACCAGGCUGGUAGAACUAAUUUGCUAGAUUUCUACAAUCUAUCCCGUUAGAUUUAAGUCUAGAAGAGUAAGGAGUUGUAAAUUGUUCAAAAUUUAUCGUAAUGUUGUCGUUUUUGUCACAUUUACUUGUCAUGUUUUUUUUUUCGUCGUUGAGUGCUCAUAGACAAAUGGUCCAAUAAAUUCUUACUUUUAUUUUUAAAGAUCGUUAGGUGGUUAAAAUUUUGAGAAUGGGUAUCUAAAAUGGUUUUUUCACAUAUUAAAAAUCGUCGCUAAAAAUUUGAAAUUAGCAAUUUUCGGGAAAUAAAAAAUUCAUCGUCUAUGUUGUAUUUUUUUAUUUGUUUAUAUUAUUAUACUAGAUAUUUUCUAAAUUUUUCGCUGUAAAGAUUUUCUACUAUUAGGCAAAAUGGUUUUAUUUUGGAAAACUCCUCAUGCCAUAUGACGCGAUAGGAGUUUGCAACCAAUGUUACGUAAAAAGUGCAUACUUGAUUUUGUAAAACAAGAAAUUCCAAAGUAGUUGGAAUGAAGAUAGUGAAGACAUUGAGUUUUCUUUUCAUAGGAUAAGAUAUUUCGUCGUCUGAGAACUUGUUUGAUGUACAGACCAGAGCGCACUCAGGCCAAUGUCGACUCUAAGCGUUCGGAAACCAUUUGAUUUAUAAGCCAUGAUUCGUGAUCUGAUACACAUCCUAACCGGUUUCGACCAUAAUUUCUUGCUGUUUCAACUUUCGAAUUCUCAGUUUUUCAAAAUUUUAAUUUGGAGAUUUCUCAGUUUACUCCUAUUCAAUUUUUGGAUUUUACAAUUUCUCAAUUUUUCAAUUUCCCGGUUUUCAGUUUUUCUAUUCAAUUUUACGGUUUUUAAAUAUCAAAAAUAAUUUUCAUCCAACUGAUUACGAUGAAUACAACACAACACUAUCCCAAAUUAAAGAUACCCUAUUACAAAAGCUUUCCUUAUAUAGCAAAAGACUUAAAAGAUACAAAUAAUCACAUCUCAGAAAAAUUCAUAACACUAAAUUUUUAAACAACGAAAAACUAUUCUAUCAACAUUUAACUAAUUCAAGCAAAACUCAAUUAUCCGGUGAACUUCCGAAAUUCUUUUGAACCACUUCAAAAAUAAAAUACAAGGGAUUCUUCGUUCAAAAAGAAAACAAAAGGGGUCCGCGCGAUCUUUUCAAAAAUCUACUACUUCAAAAUCCAGGCACAGGGAAUAUCCGAGAUUCUUUCAAAUUACUUCAAAAACUAGACACAAAAUGUUCCCGGGAUUCUUUCAAAUUACUUCAAAAACAAGACAAUGAAGUUUUUGAGAUUCUUUCCAACUACAUUCUUCAAAAACAAAACACAAGUCGUCCCCGAGAUUCUUACUAAUUCCUUCAAAAACAAGACAAGGGAUCUCCGAAAUUCUUUUGAACCACUUCAAAAAUAAAAUACAAGGGAUUCUUCAUUCAAAAGAAAACAAAAGGGGUCCGCGCGAUCCUUUCAAACUACUUCAAAAUCCAGGCACAGGGGAUAUCCGAGAUUCUUUCAAAUUACUUCAAAAACUAGACACGAAUUUCCCCGAGACUCUUUUAAACCACUUUAAAAACUAGACACAAAGUGUCCCCGAGAUUCUUUCAAACAACUUUAAAAACCAGACACAAGGGGUCUUCGAGAUUCAUUCAAAUGAGUUCAAAACCAAAACAGAAGUGGUCUACGAUUACUGAGGUUAAAAUUGUGAGGUUAAGAAAUAUAGUAUGAGGUGGUAAAAUUGCAAGUUAACAAAAUUUACAGGAGAUUGAUAUUUGCCACACUUUAGCAAUGAUUCAAACAAAGAAUUUACAUUAUGUCAAAUUAUGUAUAUCAUGAACUGAUUGGUUACUUUAAAAAAACAAUUUACUUUGAGAGUUUAAAAUAGCGCGAACUGGUUACCCCAACAAAACACAUAAUAAACAAACACAAAAAUAUCCAGUCAUCGCUCCGAGGGAAAAAGCGUCUCGGUGAUGUAAUCAAUCUGUUGCGUCGUGAGGGCAUGCCUUGAUGAAUUAAUAAAUCUGUAGCGUUGUGAUGGCAUGCCUUGAUAAAUUAAUCAAUCUGUGGAGUUGUGCUGGCCUGCCCUGAUGAAUUAAUCAAUCUGUGGCGUUGUGAUGGCAUGCCCUGAUGAAUUAAUCAUAAUAAUAAUUAUAUAACCUUUAUUGCCAAAAUACAUAGUAUAUAACAGGCAAUUUCUAAUAUACAUGCGAGCAAAAAUAAAAAUUAAUUUAGUAAAGACAGAAUUCAGAUAUAACAAAAAGAAAUAAAAAAAAUAUUCAUCUAUAAAAAUAAUUACAUACCUACAUACUAUAAGGGGAAAAAAAAUACCGUAACAAAAUUUCGCAAAAAUAAUUUAGGAUACAUCAUUCUACAAUGAAAGCAAAUACUGUCUAAGGGUUUUGGAACUACAGUGAAACAGGUCUAAAUCUUCGGAUAUAGCGUUGAUAUACCUAGCAAUACGGACAAAUGGAGAAUUAUAACCGUAGUGUGUACGAUGAACACCGAUGGCUACAAUUUCAUGUAUUCGAGUAUUGUAGGAAGGAACUCUCAAGGUAAACAUAUUUACAAUUUUUGGGGCAGUCAAUUUUGCUAUGUAAAGCUUUGUGUCCAAAAGUUAUAGCUUGAUACUGACGACGUGUUUCGAGUGAUUGAAGACCAAUUAACUUCAGUCUCUCGCAGUACGUAUAAUUAUUUUUGUUAAUCUUCAAUUUAAAUAAAAUAAAGUUUACUAUUUUCUUAUGAACUUUUUCGAUCCUAUCAAUAUGUAUUUUAUAGAAGGGAUUCCAAAUUAUGCUACAAUACUCGAGAACUGGCCUCACCAACGUAGAAAAUAAUUUAAUAAUUACUAUUAUAUUGUUAAAAUUUUAGCAAUGCCUCUUAACAAAACCACAUAAGCGAAAACUCUUACUUAAAAUAUUGUCAAUGUGAACGCUGAAAUUUAAUUUAGAAUCUAGUGUAACACCAAGGUCUAAAACUGUGUCGGUUUUCGACAAUACGUUAUUAUUGAUAUGAUAUGAAGUAUCAAUUGGUACACUGCUUUUUGUAAAUGAAAUGGUUUUACGCUUAUCUAUAUUAGGGCUCAUGGAAUUUUUACAACACCAUUCCCAAAAAGAAUUUAUAUCGUGCUGAAUUUUUAGAGUAUCGUUAACAUCAGUAACUUUCAUAAAUAAGUUCAAAUCAUCAGCGAAAAGAAGAUAUUUGCAGUGAGAAAAGCACUUUGUGAUAUCGUUAACAAACAAAAGGAAAAGCACUGGACCGAGAUGACUGCCUUGCGGUACUCCUGAGGUUACAUUAAUAACUUAAAAAAACUUAACUUAAAAUAACUUGCCUUCAAGUUAUUUUUCUCUAACUCUCCGCCGUACUUGCGUUGUAAAUUUCAUACAAGAAAAAGUAUGUUAAACUCAAGUCUUCCAUUAAGGAAUCUUAAAGAACUGUCAAUGCCAAAGCAUUAUACAUCUAUCUUUCAGAGAUCUUUCACGUACAAUAUUAUCAAAGUUUACAAUAAAUUUUUAUUAGAGUUUAAUUCAAGUUCUU